CCAAAACGUACACCGUGAAGUCAAGUGUCAAGGACGUGAACCUUUCACAUGUGUAGCGUACCACGUAAACAUGGCGUCGUCCAAAACAAGCUUCCCACCGAGGAAAACUGAUUCCAUUCACAUUUCGCGAGAUGUCUGCAUCAUCUCUAACCCUGUACCUGCGUUGACGCAAUCGUCUUCUCCACUAAAAUGGAUCAUAAUAUCUACGGAAAGUUUGAUGUUAUCAACCAAAAGAAAAAAGAUGGUUCUACAGAACCAACAUUAUCCACUAAGUUGAAUAGCCAGAUCAGUCUGUCUGUGAAUGUCUUUAACGGAGUUGUGUACGUUCACAUAAACAAGAGGGAGAAAAAGUAUUAUCUCCCAUUAACGUUAGACGAAUACCAGGACUUAACAGACCUACGAAGAACCUUGGAGGACAGUCUACAUUUGAUUAGUCAGGCUCAGAAACCAGAAGAUACGAUACCAACUGAAGCUGGUAAAAAAAGGGACGAGCAAAAGGGUGCAACAGAUGUGAGACACGUGGUGGAAAGAAGAAUGCACCCGUACCGUCAGACUAACCCGCCUGGAGCGAUCCAGACAUAUGCAGACGAAUUUGAUCAAUAUCUGAACGGACAACAAUUUUAAUAAUCACCCGAUAGAUAUUGGCUUCUUUUUGAAAUAUUAUGUAAACUUCUAAAUCCUUAUAAGACAUAAUUCAGAGUCUAUGCUACUGUCACUGAACAGUGACUUUAAAUCAGAGUGAUCUCCCUUCGGGCAGUCAUUUGUUAAACUUGCAGCAAUAGUGACGUCUCUUCAACUAUGUAUCAAAAACGUGUCGUUAAGUCAGUCAUAGAUUCAAAUGGAGAUGUAUUAUUUAGAGAUAGAUCGUACUAUGCUACUAAUCUUUGUUUUAUUAGUAUAUUAUUCGGGUGUCAUGAAGUAGACAUCUCUCGAUCCGUCAUCUAUCGUAAAUUAAUAAUAGCCAUAAAGAGGCGUUAUCCAGAUUUCAGAGAAGUUAAUCAUUUUUUCAUAGAUUGUGUUGUGGAGGUCAAAUAUGGGAGAGUUCGUUCCCACAUGAAAAGAUUGACGAGGCAUCGCUAUUACUGCAAAGUAGAGGUCGUGUUUAGCACCUAUGAAGAAGAGACGGUGCUUGAUGUUAUACCAGACUGUAGGGAGAAUUGAAGCAAACAACAUUUUUGGGGUUAAAACAUCAUUUUAUUAGAAUAUAACGUUAUACAUAAAAUGGAAUCAAUGUACAAAAUGGACACUCUAUGUUAAAAACUUUCUGAAAAUUAAUAAUUCGUAUCAAUAGAAACAGUCUAUAAAUGACCUCUCUCAUACAUAUAUAACGUAACCGUUAAAUGACGUCUCUCAUACACAUAUAUCACGUAACCUUUAAUUGAUGUCUCUCAUACCACGCAACCUUUAAAUUUUCAUAUCAACUUCAAAACUUAAUGUGAAACUUGAAUGUUUUACUUAAAUAUUUUUAAACGAUCUUGGAAAAACUUUUGUUAACAUUGACUUAAACGAAACUGUAUUCUGAAACUUAGAUUUUAAAAAACUUCUUACUUAGAUGUAACCUUUAAAUGACCUCUCUCAUACAUAUAUAUACAUAUAUAACGUAACCGUUAAAUGAUGUCUCUCAUACACAUAUAUCACGUAACCUUUAAAUGACGUCUCUCAUACUUUCAGAAUUACAAUGUUAUAGAAUCUUAUAAUGAUCUCUCUCAUACUGACAUCUAAUGUGUGAUAUAUAUGAUUUUUGUAACAUUUAAAUGAAAUCUCUCAUACCAACUUAAAAACUUGAAUUUAAAAAACUUUAUAUUCUGAAACAUGAAUUUUUAACUUUGAAUAUUUUCAUUUGUUUAAACAUUUAAAAAAAAAACUUUAUAUUCUGAAACAUGAAUUUUAACUUUGAAUAUUUUCAUUUGUUUAAACAUUUA